UCCUGCUGAGAUCACAACAGGUAUAAGCGCAAAAACACGAAUGGUUUCCAAACUGUGGAUACUCUUGGCCUUCGUUGGGCCGGCCUUGGCCCAAUCCGACGAUUACUACGACACCAAUCGACGGUCCAGGGGUAACGACGAACGGUGCUACGAGCACGAUCAGUUCCCGGAACCAAGCGAGUGCUGCACCCGUCCACUGUGGAUCAACCAAUACCUGGUUAGACCGUGUCGGUUCAGCAAUGUCCAACGCGAUGGCUACCGGCAGGAACAUGAAGCCUGUAGCGUUAGCUGCGGAGUCUAUCGGAUCAACAUGGAACUGCUGAACAACCAGGUGAACAGCGUUCGAGUAUUUCGGCCGGCCCGUUUGAGAGCAUAUGGGGAUGAAGACUGGAAGCAAACGGUCGCCUCGGCGUUGAAGCUGUGCAAGAAGCGAAUCACUUCAAUGGUAGGGAAUCGCGUUAGAGAGGGUCGAGAGGCGGAGCAGUGCCAAGAAGCAAACGACGUCUUCGCCGACUGUCUGGAUGGGCAACUGUUCCUGCAAUGCCCCGCACGGGUGUUCAUUCGGACUCAAGGAUGUGAACAAGCUAAAAGCCAUCUAAUGGAAGGAUGCCCGUACAGGUCAUUGACUCAUGCGACUGAAAAGCAUCGAAACGAUUGGUACGAUAGGAAUCAGUGGAACGGUGCUGGGAACGGAGGAAGGAAUGACGAUCAGUACGAUGAUGAGUACGAGGAUGUGAACGGAGGACGACAGAACAGGAAUGGGGGAGGGUAUAACACCAGAAAUAACAACGAUAGAAAUAGAAACAAUGGUCAAUGGUAAUCAAAACAAUCGUUUAUAAAUCAUUUC